UCUGGCAGGUUCAGGCGCGCCUUACAAGAUUAUUAUUGUUUGCUUAACACUACACAAGAGCCAGCACUGUCAUACAAGUGUGUCACCGUAGUGAGCAGAUUAAGUUGAAUAAUGUGAAGGUAAAGUAGGGAUUUGGAUUACGGUAAUGCGGUGCGCGUGGCUCGUGCUGCUGCGCUCAGACGCGUUCUUCACGCGCGUCAAAAGACGCGUUAACACAUGGUCAGCUGUUGGUGCGGCUUUUAAUGUCCAGCACCGACGAGUGGAUUACUUGCAGGAAAAUGUGGGUCUGUUUGGAGUCCCGGAGCUCAGCAGUCCUACUGGUUUUCAGGUGGCCCAGCGUAGGGCUCUCAGGGAAAGUGAAUUUCUGGUCCACAGAGCCUGCACGCAUCCUCCUGGUGCCGUCACCGUGGAAACGUUUGACCAGCUUUCUGACAGCUUGUGUAAAGUUGCCGACCUGGCAGAUUUCGUCAAAGUGGCUCACCCAAAUGCUGCGUUCCGUGAGGCAGCGGAAAGAACCUGCGUUGAUAUCGGGACAGAAGUGGAAAAACUCAAUACAAAUGUUGAUUUGUGUCAGAGCCUGAAAAAUUUGUUGGAAAAUGAGGCUGUUUUGGGCACUCUGGAUCCGGAAACAAGGAGAGUUGCGGAGCUCUUCAUGUUUGACUUUGAAAUCAGUGGGAUACAUUUGGAUGAAUCCAAGAGGAAAAAAGCUGUUGCACUGAACGUGAAGCUGCUGGAUCUUUGCUAUGAAUUUCUGAAUGACUCUCAGCUCCCAAACGCCAUAGAGAAGCAGUGUCUACCAGAACACAUCCGUCACUGUUUCUCUAUAGAUGGGAAUCGCGUUCAGAUCGGCGGGUUGCAUGCAGAGUCUCCUAAUGAGUUGGUUCGGGAAGCUGCGUAUAAAAUCUUUCUGUACCCCAACGCUAGUCUUCUGCGUUGUCUGGACGAGCUCUUGGCUUGUAGACAUGAGCUGGCAACAUUAGUUGGCUAUGAGUCAUUUGCACACAGAUCUUUGAAGGGAACAAUGGCUAAAACUCCAGAGACUGUGAUGAAGUUUUUGACGCUGCUCACUGAGAAACUCUCCGACAUGACAUCAACGGAUUUCAAGUUGAUGAGGGAGAUGAAGAAGAAAACACACUCGGCAAACCAUCAAGUGAUGCCGUGGGAUCACGCGUACCUCAGUGCAGCCAUACGGACAGAGAAGUUCAAUGUUGAUUCCAGCAUUUACAGCCCGUACUUCUCUCUUGGUGCCUGCAUGGAGGGUCUCAACCAUCUCUUCACACAACUACUGGGUGUCUCUUUCCAAACAGAGGAGCCGAAAAUGGGAGAAGUGUGGAGCGAAGACAUUAGAAAGCUGGCUGUAGUGCACGAAACAGAGGGACUGCUGGGACACAUAUACUGCGAUUUCUUUCGUAGACCUGAUAAACCUCAUCAGGAUUGUCAUUUUACCAUCCGUGGUGGACGGUUGAGGAAAGAAGGUGAUUAUCAGCUUCCUGUUGUGGUGCUGAUGUUGAGUCUGCCUCCACCCAGCACGGUAACCCCAUCGCUGCUCACUCCUGCCAUGGUGGAGAAUCUCUUCCAUGAGAUGGGACACGCCAUGCACUCCAUGUUAGGCCGAACACGAUAUCAGCACGUCACAGGAACCAGGUGCUCCACAGACUUUGCUGAAGUUCCUUCUGUCCUCAUGGAGUAUUUUGCAUCAGAUUAUCGAGUUGUGAGACAGUUCGCUCGACAUUAUCAGACUGGGGAGCCCCUCCCAGAGAGCCUUGUGUCCCGUUUGUGCCAGUCUAAAAAGGUCUGCAGUGCUGCUGAUACUCAGCUACAGAUUUUCUAUGCAGCAUUAGAUCAGGUUUAUCAUGGCAAGCCACAGUACAGAACAACCACUGACAUCCUCAGAGAAAUGCAGGAGAGAUUUUAUGGGUUACCAUACGUUCCUGACACUGCCUGGCAGCUGAGAUUCAGUCAUCUGGUUGGUUAUGGUGCUAAAUAUUACUCCUACCUCAUGUCCAGAGCUGUGGCUUCUAUGGUGUGGAGGCAAUGCUUUCUACAGGAUCCCUUUAACAGAGUUAUGGGGGAACGUUACCGCAGGGAGAUGCUUGCUCAUGGAGGUAGCAAAGAGCCUUUGCUGAUGGUCCAAGGAAUGCUCCAGAAAACUCCUACUCUUGAAGACUUUGUUGAUGCACUUGUGGUGGAUCUUGAUGCAAAUUUCAAAACGCAAAAUUAAGAACUUCACAAACACCAUCGUUAGUUCUUCAGCCUUAAACGAGCUCAAGUCGUGUCCUAAUGGAUAGAGAGUUGGAUGUCUAACCUAAAGGUCACCGGUUCGAGUCUCACGGCCAGAAGGUUGACUUAGGUACCCUUGAGCAAGGCAAGUUUCCCCCAAUUGCUGCAGUGAUAGAUGCCCACUGCUCUUGGUGUGCACGUUUUCACGACUCACCGGGAUGGGUCAAAGGGAUAGUUCACUUUAAAAUGAAAAAUCAGUCAUUAAUUACUCAUCCUCGUGCUGUUCUAAUCCUGUAUGAAUUUCUUUUGUUUCGAUGAACACA